UUUUUAUUUGUGGAGGAUCCCUUAAACCCUAGCGGGGGCUAGGGCGGUGCGCGGCUGGAAUCGCGAGCGAUCUGGUACGUCCGGGGCACGGAUUCUUCCGCGCGAUCAUGGAAGAGGACGAGCAGCAGCAGCAGGGGCAGCAGCAAGACGAUCGCUUCUUCGAGCGCGACGUCGUGGGGAGCAUUGCCAAUCCGGAUAGGGUCGGGAUUAUCGACGAGAUCGGGGGCGCUCCCUCCACUUCCGGCUCCGAGGACGACGAGGAAUGCGGGCAGGACGUGGAGGAGGGCGCCGCGAUCAUCGUGUGGAAUGAUGGGGAGGAGGAGACGGUCGAUCUGUCGGAGGUCCGGCUCGUCGACCGCGUCCUGGAUCGCGGCGAAUUGGUGGCGCUUGUCGGCGAUCCGCUGGGCCAGUUUGGGGUCGUCCAGAGCGUGGAGCUCCUGGCGGAUUUGCGGCUCCGGAAUGGAGAGGUGAUGAAGAGCGUGAGCAGCAGCAAGCUCCGGCAAGUGUGCCCGUUCAUGCAAGGCGACUACGUUGUUCGCGGGAACUGGAUCGGCCGAGUGGAUGAAGUGGAGGAGAACGUCACCGUGCUCUUCGAGGACGGAGCAAAGUGUAAGGUUUUCCGAGCGGACAACUAUACUCUCGUGCCGGCUGAAGCAGCGGAGUGGUCUUGCGACUACUACGUCGGGAUGAGAGUUCGUCCGGCCAAGAGUGUGGUUUUCAAGACCGCGAGAUGGUUGAGGGGGGGCUGGAAGUCGAGCCGAGACGAAGGGACGGUAUGUCGGGUGGAUGUUGCCGCGUUGCUUGUUUACUGGAUGGGAGUCGGGGUCGGGCCAGUGACUCCGACACCGGCGGACUACCAGGACGUCAAGGACGUGAUCCAUUUGCCGCAUUUCUCACACUCGAGAGAGCACUGGCGCAUCGGGGACUAUACGCUGCCGCUGAAGGAUGUUACUGUUGGAGGAGAAGUGGCUCCGAAAGAGAGCAACGACGGCCGAGAGGUUUCUUCCACAGCAGUCUCAACUUCGUCAGACGCAGUCAGCUCAAAUCCGGAGCCUUCGCUGGCCGAGGAAGCUUUGCACGAGAGCUCUCCGCUACAACGAAAGCGCUCCCUCUCGAGACGCUGCACGGUUCGAAGGAAGGCCAAGAGAAAGCUGGUGCCUUUGGAGAUCCCAGUUCGUGUGACUCGGACGGAGCGUCUGGUGGAUGUGCUGUGGCAAGAUGGAUCGAAGAGUGCUAGGAUCCCGGCCACGUCCUUGGUUCCAGUUUUAUACCUCAACGACAGCGAUUUUUGGCCCGAGACAUACGUGAUCGAGAGGGGAGCGGAGGCCGAGAUGGAUGAUGAUAAAGGCUAUAGGAGAGUAGGCAUAGUUAAAACGAUCGACGCUACACAACGGACAGCCAGAGUCAAGUGGUUCAAGAGAGUGACGUCUCCCGACGAGGCUUGCGAGUUUGAGGCGGAGGAAACCGUCAGCGUAUACGACAUUUUGGAGCACGUAGAUUAUCGAUACAACAUAGGCGACAUAGUCAUCCGGCUUACUCCGCAGGUUCCCAAGGCCGACGACUCGACUGAAAAAGUGGAGCAGCCGCAAGCACCAGGCGAUGAAGGGAAGCAUGCUAACGAUCCUACAGACUUGUCCUGGGUGGGAUCAAUCCUGGGGCUCGAGGACGGAUACAUAAUGGUGGAAUGGGGAAGCGGGGACGUGACAAAGGUUGGUCCCCAUGGCAUUUUUGUCGUGGAUAGAAAUGAGAGCGGCGACGAUGAGUCUAGUUCCGACGACGACGACGACGAUGCUGAUAGCUGGGAAACCGUGGACUCCAAUAGCUUAAGUGACUUUGAGUCGACUCCCGUACCAGCAGAGCAACCUGUGACUCGGGAGGAAACUCAAGGUGGUCUUUUGACUUUUGUCCUUUCAUCUAUGUCAAGGCUUAUUUCUACAAUCAUGGGACUUCGAGCUAAGAAGGUGGUAGCUGUAGGUGAACAAGAAGACAUUGAGGAGCCAGACGAGCUGGUCUGUGAGAUGCUCCUUGCACGAAAGUCUCCUGCCGAUCGGCACUUCGACCAGAACACGAAUGACCAUUCAACCGAGUGCUCUGUAAGACCUCUAACAGAGUUCAAGUCUUUUGACAUGGUCAAGGAUGCUUCGGAUCACCACUUCGCGGAUGUAAAGAACGAGGUUCCGAAUCAACGCAAGUGGCUUAAGAGGGUGAACCAAGAGUGGGACAUUCUGCAAAAGGACCUUCCCGACACGAUUUUUGUGCUAAUGUACGAAGACCGUAUGGACCUGUUGAGAGCAGCCAUAGUUGGAGCAACAGGAACACCAUACCACGAUGGAUUCUUUGUGUUCGAUCUUUAUUUACCUCCGGACUAUCCAAAUGUCCCUCCGAUGGUCCAUUAUCAUUCGGGCGGAUUGAGGAUGAAUCCCAAUCUCUACGAAAACGGCAAAGUGUGUCUCAGUCUCCUCAAUACCUGGAGCGGCAGGGGAAGCGAGCUCUGGAAUCCAGGAACGUCUAACAUAUUGCAAGUGCUAGUUUCAAUCCAGGGACUGGUGCUCAAUGCCAAGCCUUACUUCAACGAAGCAGGCUACGACAACCAGACUGGAACAGGAGAAGGGGAGAAGAACUCGAUCGCUUACAACGAGAACACCUUCUUAUUGUCCUGCAAGACGAUCCUAUAUCUCCUGCGCAAUCCUCCAAUGCAUUUCGAGGAGCUCUUGAAGAGCCAUUUCCGGUACCGGGGUUUCAAGUUCCUGUCGCUGUGCAGGGCCUAUCUCGGAGGUCUUCCAGUCGGAAGAAAUCCAGCCGAUAGCAGCGAAGGAAGUCCAGAGAAACAAGAGGAGAGCUCGGCUGGUUUUCAGCUCAUACUCCGCAAGCUCGUCCCCAAGCUGGCCGCGGCGUUUGUGAAGAUCGGAGCCACAGAGUGUAGAGAAUUCGAGGAGCCACCAUCGUCGUGACGAGACGAAGAGAUUUUUCUUUCCUCAGAUAAAAUACCAUACUUAAAUUCUUUCA